UCAUUCAUCCCACCCCUGUCCUCGUCCCCGAUGAAGGUGAAGUUGAUGAUGGAGGACGGCGUUCUGCCCCUGCGGGUCCCCCCUCAGAUGUCCAUCUAUGCCGACCAGCACAACGUUAUCCACCUGGUCCAGAGUAUGGUGUCCAGCCUGGCUGUGGACCAGCCCCAAGACCCCAUCGCGUAUCUUCUACUUCUGCUCCAGGAUAGCAGCGUGCACGUUCCCAGGGUGGUCCUGAUGGGUCCCCCCGCCGUGGGCAAAACCACUCUGGCCGGGAGGCUGUGCGCCGACCUGGGAGCUGUUCACGUCACCAUGGAAACGCUACUCGAGGACCCAUCGCCGCUGGGCGAAGAGGCGCGCCACCACGCGCUCAAACAGCAGGAGGUGCCGGACGAUCUUCUGGUGGACUUGAUUCAAGGGCGACUCAAACAGUCCGACUGCUUCAACACGGGCUGGGUGCUGGACGGCCUUCCUCAAACUCGCUUGCAGGCUCGGAGUCUCCAGCAGGGCGGCGUCAUUCCCAAACACGUUGUUCUGCUGGACGCCGGCGAAGACGUUCUCCUGGAGCGGCAUCGCGGCAGGCUGCUGGACCCGCUCACCGGAGACGUGUACCACGAGGCGUUCGUGCGGCCGUGCGACGAGGCGGUGGCGCGGCGCGCCGAGAAGAGGCCCGACGCGCGCGAAGGCGCUCUGACGGCCGACCUGCAGCGCUACCGCUGCAAAGUGACCGGCUUGAGCUCCGCCUACCGGCACAUCCUCAAGACGGUGGACGCCGACCAGCCGCCCGACGACGUCUACCAGCAAGCGGUGGCCUUUUUGCGCACUCGGCGUUGUUCCCGAACUCCCAGAGUCCUCCUGCUAGGUCCGCCGGGCUCAGGGAAGAGACUUCAAGCCAAGAUGCUGGCUGACAAAUACAAGAUGGUGGACGUGUGUUGCAGCGACCUUCUCGGUUGGGCCGAAGCUGACCCGUCUUCAGUGGGAGAAGAAGUCCGAACGUACGUGCAGCACAAUCGAACAGUUCCAAAGAACGUGACCUUGAAAGUCUUCCAAGAGCGUUUGGACCGUCCGGACUGUAGCCAGCGAGGUUGGAUCCUUCACCACCUGCCGUGCGACCUCCAACACGCCAAAAACCUGAUGGAUUCACUCAACGCACCGAACAGGGUUUUCUUUCUGGAGUUGAUGGAUGACGUUUGCUUGCAAAGAACCAUGAUGAAGCACAGCCUAGCUGAUCCAAGCGUUCACACUGCGCCCUACGAUGCUGCCCGCGAAUGUGAUGACAACACGCGCACUGUCACAAAUGCGCUCGGAGUUUACAGGACGCACACCGCAGGCUUGCAGUGUGCGUUUCCAGAUGGUGUGCACGUGGAUGCAGAUCAGGAUCCUCAGCGUGUUUUUGAGGCUCUCGACAAACAACUUACCAUACAAACAUACACACACUGACCCACUAGUGACAUAUGUGCACAAAAGUCGUAACACACACUUUUAAUAAGGUGCAAUGCAUUGAGUAUCCGCGAGGGGGCACUGUUUUGACCAGAGAAGAAGACAACAGCAGCCUCAGUCCGUCACUGAGAAAGCAGACGCUAUCAAUAGCACGCUCACAUUUACACAUUUAAUAGCACUCUCCUUAGUUUGUAAGCUGUAGGCAGGGAUUAUAUUUAGAUUUUAUAUGCACGUGUAAAUGGUUUAAAGCUUCCUUUCUUGAUAAAUCUUGUUUAAUCAGAAAGUACGUGACUAGAUAUUUCACUACCAAUUACUUG